AUGUCAAGACACGGGAAUUCACGACGAAAUGAUAACCAAUCAAGAGAUGCCCAACUUAUGGGAAUUUAUCUGGCGCUGGAGAUUGCGGCGGCUGAAGAAAGUGUCCCGCGCAACAUUCCUUGUCGAACCUCACGUCUACAAGGCAGAUAUUACAUAGAGGAAGUUCUUGGCAAUGACACAAGGUGUUACGAGAAUUUCAGGAUGAACCCUCACGUAUUUCAUAAUCUGUGCGAUACGCUAAGAGCAAAUUGUGGAAUCAGAAAUAGCAGGAAUGGUAUGACCGUCGAGGAGAUGGUCGGCAUGUUCUUAAUGGUAGUUGCACAUAGUACGCGCUUGGCCGUGGUUGCCGAACGAUUUCAGCAUUCUACGGAGACGGUGUCACGAGUCAUCAAGGUAAUAGCUCAUGGAAUUCAUUCGUUGUCACCAACGUAUAUAAGACGGAGGAACGUUGAUGUACAACCGGAAAUUCAGAGUUGCCGAAAAUGGUACCCAUUCUUUCAGAAUUGCAUUGGAGCAAUCGAUGGGACACAUGUGUCUGCUUGUGUUCCAUCAUCGGUGAGAGGCGCGUAUCGCGAUCGGAAUAAUGAGAUUACGCAAAAUGUACUCGCCGCUUGUUCGCAUGACAUGAUGUUCACUUAUGUCGUCACUGGAUGGGAGGGUUCUGCUCAUGACUCUCGAAUUCUGUCCGAUGCCGCUACAUUGGAAUUAUUUCCUGCACCAUAUGGCGAACAAUAUUAUGUAGUCGAUGCGGGAUUCCCUAAUAUUCCGGGUUAUCUGGCUCCUUAUAAAGGCCAAAGAUUUGCAAUACUGCGGACAAUGUCAAAUUACGGCCCGCUUCGGCAAGGACAAAUUACUCUUGCAUGCUUCGUGUUGCACAAUUUCAUUCGGCUAAAUAAUUAUCACGAUAGAUUAUUCGAAGAGUAUGGCAAUGCAUGGGAAUAUUACGAUGAGUUCCGAAAUCCUCCGCAUCUAACUGGGGAUCGGGUUGAUGUAGACAUGAGAAGCAGGGAAAUGGAUGCAUUACGUAAUCGUAUUGCAAAUGCAAUAUGGAAUGCGGAAACAAGAGGAAACCGGUAA